CUAUCAUGACUGCAAGGAUCCAGGGAGCGACGGGCCGGGACAAACCAGUGCCAAAGAGCCGAGCAACAGAGAUGAUGGUGAGGGUCAGGAGAUCUCUGUGGCUGAUACUGGGCAUGCUCAGUCUGUCCCUGCUGUUAGUGGUGCUGGGAGUCUACUCAACGACCCGAACAGAGAGCCUGAAUGUGACUGGCUACAUCUCUGGAGUUAUCCUGACCCUUGGAUUGUUCCUGGGACUUCUGGGACUCCACCUGGAAGAAAACCGCAAACAGCUGCUGACGGCUGCGAUCGUAUUCCUCAGCUUUGGGAUCAUCGCCUCUUUUGCGUGCCUGGUGAUUGAUGCCGUCUGUGUUGUCUUAAACAUGGACAUACGUCCACUGAAAGCAGGGAGAUGCCAGUAUUACAGCAGUGGCAGUGGCUACAUCUAUGAGAAUUUCUACACCUCUGUGUCGUGUUGGAAUCUAAAUGAGUCUUGUAACAUGACAGUACGAAGUGGGACCUGCUACUGCUGCGACCUGUACGACUGUGCCAAUGGAGGCUACCUCAGCAACUACUAUGAGUUUGUUGGAGUACGAAGCUGUGAGGAAGUUUUCACUCUGUACAUUUUAAUUUGGACCCUCACCGGCCUGAACCUCGUGGCCUUCUUCACAGGCAUCCUCACCACAGCAGUCCUGGGCAGCAUCAAGGACUUGAGGAGCAGGAGCCCUCCUGAGCCCUCUGAGAGCACAGCGUCUUCUCCUACAGCUCCUCUGCUGAUGGAUGCCAACACUCACACAGUUCGCCAGCUCCACCCAGGGGCCUCGAUGUAUUUCCCUCCAGCUGAAGGUACAGCUGCCUCACAGAGUUUUCCUUCAUCAAUGACUCCUCACACGGAGUCCAACCCUCCUCCCUUCGCCCCACUGACCAGCCUGCUGCCUUACAGAAUCCACAGCCUCUCCGCCUGAGCACAGCCAGCAGGGUUUAACCAGAAAACGACC